AUGACCAGCGAAGCAGACGGUGUGCCUUGGGCGCCGCGGGCGUAUGCGAUGGCGAUUGAUGCUGAUCGAAAAGUCGUCCUGUACGUCGACGGCAAGUCCAUCGAGCUCCCAGUGUCCGACGUCGUCACUGCUGCCCUGGUCGCGCGUCAUGGCACCAACACGAUCCCCGCCAAAAACAUCCGCACGGUGUUUGUCGGUGGCCUUCCGCGCCGUCUAGUGAAAGACCGCCUUGUACCUGAGGGCCCGUACACCGUGCAGUUGUCCCACCUCGCCCUGGACGCAAUUGGAAGCGCACAAAGUCUGGAGCCCAUGGACGCGCCGCCUCGUGGGUUCUUUGGGCGUCUCUUCGUGUGCCUUCCAUCGCGCUACGAAGGCGGCGGCAUUGCUGGUCUCCUCGCCGUGUAUGCGUCGACGCCCGUCACCGUGUCGCCGAUUACACGAGGCGUCCGUGCUGUUUUGAUCUUUAACCUUGUGUACAGGGACCCAUUGGUGCACUCGCGCUGUGGGCCGCCGACGGAGGCCGAAGCUGUCGCUGCGUGGAUUCCGGCAUCAGCGUUCAAGUUUACAGCGUCGUUCUACGGCAGCUUGCUGACCCAGCCAUCGACGUCGCUCGCGUUUGACGAGCUUUGCGCCGCCGACAUUCGCUUCGUCGCGGCGGUCGCGGCGUCCAAGAAGUUUGACAUUGGUCUCGCCCGCUACAUGCCCAGCGGAUUGGUCGCGUACGCACCGUGGCCAGCGUGCAGGGUGCCACAAGGCGUCGUUCUCGGUGCGUCGCGCAUCAACAUCUCGUUGCUGCUCGGCAAGCGUCACUCGGCGUGUUUUGUGAUGUGGGAAAAGCGCUCUCGGUUCGAUGUGAUCGACUUUGACGGCGCAGUCGCGGCGCUGGAAGCGGCUGAGAACGACACGGACGCCGAUCUGUGGGGCUACAGCUCCUUCGAGGCCUUGGUCGAGGGGUGCUUAACGUGGUACUCGGUUCAAAGCUGCUCGUCGACUGUGAUGCAGCGCUUGACUGCGCUUCUCUCGCGCCUCGGCAGCGUCCACCUCGUCGACGUGUUGCUCAAUCGGUUUCGGCGGCCAAGUCCAACGAGCAUUGCUGGCAUUGCACCGUGGAUGCAGCAGCAGCUCGAACGCUACGGUUGGAUCAAGCUCUUGAAAGCACUGAAGAUUCUUCUCGACGACGCGCUGAAGACCGAGUCGCUCGCGUUGCUCGCGAGCCUCGCGGGUGUUAGCGCGGCGCCCAUGUGUCAGCCGUUGUCAGCCCCGUUCGCACUCGAGUGCUUUCGGUGUUUGCUGGCCACGCUGUGCAAGUCUCUCGCGCGAUGGCACUGGACAGUGUCCGACAGGGUGGAGUACCUUUCGUGGGUCAUGCUCCUCGACGCACACGUCGACCAAGCAAGCAACUUGGACGAUGGCCGUUGGCUCUCGGGACGACUCCCGCUCUCCGUCAUCGAAACCAUCGAGACGUUCGUCGGUGCGCCGACAACAAUGGACCGAGAGACGCUUUUGACGCAGCCAACGUUCGAGGUUGUUGUCCCGGCUUUGGAGCGGGCGCUACGCCAAGUGGCCACGAUCCAUCGCCCGAUGCUGCACCGGCGCUUACUGUACUGGAAGCGACAGCUCGACGAAGACAAUUGUUCGCCCAGCUCGGACUCGGACCACGAGCUCGCGUCGGCAACUAUCGCGAUGCUGCGCUGGGCACAACGCAUGGAGCCGAGUCGUCCGUGGACCGAGGUGCUUGCACUGUGUGCAUCCAGGGCGUCCGUUCUUGCCGUUCCAGCGUUUACGGAGCUUGCAUCGACAACGACGACGUCACCGCAGAUGCUCGACGCCAUGGCCGACGCCGUCCAGGUGACGUUCGCCGAGCCAUGGACCAAGCGUAUCACAAAGCAGCUCGACUACCGCUACGAAGGCGAUGUGAAGACAGCUGUGGUCACUGAUGCCUUUGCAUUCUACGCCCGAUUUGCACCGCACCGAAUGCAAGCGUUCGCGCAGACGUGGCUCCAACACCCGUCGGGGAUGGCGUGUAGCUCCAUCUACCACCUCCUCCAAGCAAGCUUCUGGGACAACUACGACGACACCGGUGGUGUUUUAGCGCUUCUGCGGCGAUGUGCCAUGGAUCGGGCGGUCAAGGCGAUCCAAAACGGCCGCGAUGCAGUCGAGAAGGAAAAAGAGCAAGAGAACUAUGCGAGGACGGGAUGGCACCAGAACGACGACGAAGAGGAAAAUGACGACGACGAGUACGACGAUGAGGUAGCAAGAGAAGAUACGAGACCGUCUGUGGUUCUGGCCUUCUGCGUAUGCGGCAGCAAUUACCUCGAGCGCUCCCACAGAAAGCGCAAGUCAGUCUGCGACCUCAAAACUUCGCGCGCAAAGCGCUCACAAAAUGUUGCUAUCGAAUAA